CUGCCGCACUCCGCCAAUGGCGGCGCCCGCGCCGGGACCGACGGGCGCGGCGGCCAACGGGGAGGAGAGCGGGCGCGGGGCCGUGCCCGUGUCUCCGGGAGGCCGCGGGGCCAUGGCCGCGAGCAGGAGGGACGUGUUCUUGGCGAAAUUACUGAAAAGACUUUAUGGUGAAACUUCAUCAUCUUCUCUUGUUCAGACCUCAAGUAGAGAAGAGGAGGUCGUUCUUGAAAAUCUUGGAUCAAAAUCUCAAGAAAAGAAUUUGGAUAAUAUUCAGAUUUCAUCAGCAGAUGCUAGCACAUCGACUACUACACCCUGUGAAUCAUUUCAAGAUAAUGAUGAUACAGUUACGUCUCCAAGAAGAGUUUACACAGUGGAUCUUCCUCCAGAGGGUUAUGUUGCAGUUACUCCAGAUGCUCUUAGUAAAGCAGUUUCUGAAGCCUCUGGCAGUAGUGCUGACUCAACAGAAGAGGAAUAUCAAGGGCAAACUAAGAGAAAGCGCAUUCGAAGGAAGAAACAAAAGAGCAGUUCACAAAUCUCUAGUAAUUUCCAUGGAGAACAAACAGAUUUGGGAAUUCAAGAGACUGUUCAAGAUAAUUUACAGCUGCAGCAAACAAAUGGUCCCAAAAUAAGCAAAAACAAGAAGAGGAAAAUGAAAAAGAAGCGACAGAAAGAAAAAAAGAGAGCAGCUGGCUUAGUAACAACAACUACCAGUGUGGAUUUUACUUAUCAGCCUGACAAAAACAGCAAAGAAGAAGCAGCAGGCUUAAAAGACAUAGAUGAGAAGACAGACAGCAUUCUGGACUUCCUGCAGGCAACACAACAAAUUUAUUUUACUGACAAAAAAUCAGAAUGCAGAGAUGCUGCUGUAAAUUCAGCAACUACCCAAGAGCUCUUAAAACAUCUUGAAUUUCGCACCAUCUCUUCCUCAGACGUGACUCAUCUGCAUCGGCUGAAAUCCCUUGUAUUGCUACAGGAUAUUGAGAGAUUGAAGGAUGCUUUGAAACAAUUCCAAGAACAAUCUAUGAUGUCCCCUGAUCAUGCCAAGGUAGCUACAUCUCUGUUUCACUACUGGAUUACAGAUAUACUUCCUGUGAAGAACAGGAAAUAAAGCCUUACCUAUGUGUCCAUAUACACAGGAUUAAAAUUUAAUAUACAGACUCUUAACCAAGUAGCAUUGCUUCAGGAAGAGCAGUGCCAAUACACAUUUGCACCUUCAGGUAAAUGGACAAAAACUCCAGAAGACAAUAAAGGUAUAACUACAGUGUGAUUUUUGGUCAAGAGUAUGGCCUGAGUCUUCAGUUGUAUUAAUAUGUACAUUUCACUUUAGGAUAAGGGACUUGACUGGAAUGAUAAAGUUCUCUGUCUGGUAUUUUGUUUAAGAAGUAUAGUAUUACAUUUUUUAUUUGUAAGUUUAUCAUUCCUUUCUGGAAGUUAUAUUUCAUUACUUUUUUUGUAUAUCUGCUUGCCUGAAAAACAGAACUAUAUUUUUUUAUAUUUAAACCUAAGCAACAUUAUGUCUGAGGAAUGUAUUUUUGCUGAAUAAACUGCUAAAUUGUGGACAUAGAUAUGUUUCUAUAUGUGGGUCAUGUGAGUCACAUAAGUCCUGUUUGGAAUUGUGCAGAAACUUGGAUGGCAUUUUCAGAACUACUCCAUGGCUCAGCCUGUUACAAUCCAAUGGGUUUCACUGACUUCAGAGUUAUGGUACUGGGUGCUCUCUCCCUGAUUACUGUGUAAUCUGUCUACUGCUGUGUAAUAUUUCUGCAAUUGAAUUUAUCCAAGUGUAUACUACAGUAACGGUUGUAAAAUGUUUUGGAAUAAUGAAGAAACAAGUGUGAGAGGCUCUUCUCUCUGCUGUAUCAUUCAUCUGACAGGUGAUACAGAGCAAACCAUGUCUUAUAUCUAGGUGUGUUAGCUUUGUCAUCAGUAAGAUAGGGGCAACAUAUUUAAUGCCUCCGACAUGUGCUUGGACAUACACUACUGAUGAGACUGUACAAACAUUGCAUGGGUUUUUUGCUUCGUUUUUUCUCUUUCAUUAUAUUGCCUGAUACAUCACGUUGCAAGGUAUUGGUUUAGUGAUACUCAAAAUUUGUAACAAAAGUAAAAUCAUAACUCUUUCUAAUUAAUUGCAGAAAUUAGAAGGGGUUUGGUAAUACACCAAAUGAUUGCAGGUGCAGAAAAACCAUUCUUAUGGCUAAGGGAGCUCUGUGCAGCUCUGAAGAACUUGGGUUUGGUUUGUAUCUGGUGGCAAAGUUAUAUAAACCAGACUUUGCAGAGGAGAAACUAGUAGUGUAUUCCCUGUUAAUGUUCCUGAAUUGCUAACACAUAGGCAUUGAACUGUAGUUAUGACUUUUCACUGAUGUCCUGUGUGUCUCAGAUUCCCAUCUGGAGAAAGAAGAAAACAUCAUUUGAAUGUGAAGCACCUAGAUACUCUUUCUUAACUGACUCAUGGGAAAUUAAUCACUUCAUCCUCAUUUUGAGGUUUGAAUGUUGCACAGUAAAUGAGGCCUAGGAACUGCAAAAAAGGAUACACAGAACUCAUUAGGUAAACAUCAUCUGUCCUAAACACUGAAUAUGAAAAAAUGAAUGAGGGCAUAUAUUCAAAGAGAGACUUUUGAAACACAACUACAAAAGAGAUCAAAUUAGGACCACAAAAAUAACUGUAGUGUCUGCAUUUCCUAAUACUUGAGUGACUGUGCUAGGGAGGUUAUAGGGCUGCUGCCUGGAGUAGAUCCCAAGACUUGGCGAUUCCUUCUCUUUGUCCCUCUGUAUUCCAGGUUAGUGUAUCUGGAGAUGUGGAUGUCAGUGUAGGUGACUCCAGUUUCCACAUUUCCAGGUUCAGACAGUAGCAGUGCUUAAGCACAUAGCUCAGGGACACACACACAUGACACUCACAUGGCUGACUAGACAUCCUUGAUCCCUUGGAUAGCAGGACAGCCAGUGUCCUGUCCCUGCCUGGGUCCUGGGCCCUCGUGCCUGCUCUGUGGCUCUCCUGCACACCAGCUAGUCCAGCCUGGAACACACUACCACACGUUCACACACCCAUCUCACAGACAAUCGUGCACUCAUGUCACAGCCUUCUUUAUUGCUUUCAUUUCUCUUAUUUAUUAUUUCUCUUUCAGUGUUUGUCUAUUUCUCAUAAUCACAGGAUGGUUUGAGUUGGACAUAAAGGUCAUCAAGUCCCAGCCCCCCUGCCAUGAUCAGGGACACUUUUCCACUAGACCACAUUGCUCAAUAUAUUAAAGUGAUUUUUAAAAUUCUACUGAAUUUUGAAUAAUUGCGUAUAGAUGAGCAGAUUUCGAUAUCUUUGCCAAACAGAAAUAUUUUCACAGAAUCACAGAAUGGGUAAGAUUGGAAGGGAUCCCCACAGGAUCAUCUGGUGCAGCCUCACUGCUAAAGCAGGGUAUAAUUUUAUACUAUUCCAGUGAGUAAAAGUUCACAGGUCAGAAAGGUACUUUGCUUGAACCAGGCAAUAAUGGAUAAAAGAUUACUUUUGCUCUCUCUUUUUUUCCCUUUGCUUUCACCACUGUAAGAGCCUUAUAUUCUGUGCAGAAAUCAGCUGGCCCCAGCUAAGCAAGCUCAGGAGCAUUUCUGAGUGCAGUCAGUCAGUGAUAUCUGACCUGUAAUAGGAACUGAAUCUUACACUUACCAAACCUGCCACAGUUGUACUAGCAGGGAUUAUGAAGAGGUUCAAGUAUGCUAAGAGUUUAGAAAAUUGGACCAAAUUCAAGAAGAUAAAUCAUAGAUUGUCAUUGUACAUAAAUGCAAUUGCAUGUGUAUUUAUUUCUGAACCAAAUGUGCCACACAGUGAUGUGCUGAAUUGCAACAUGCAUGAAGACACUUAAAAGCACUGCACAAAAGAACAGAGCAGAAAGAUUCUAGUUUAAAAGCAAAAGAAAUGGACAUUACUCAUAAUUUAAAUUCAGCAGUGUACUAAAAAUGGCAGCAGGUCCAUAUUUGACAUUCUAUUUGCAGUCAAAAAGAUUUCAUACAUCACAGUUUUAAUACCUAGUCACUCUUCUGCACUGUUUCUCUAAAGAAAUGGUGCUUAAUCUCCUUACACUUUCUCAAGUGUAUUUAAGCAGUGGGAUCACAAUGUGGCUGAGAUACAAAAACUGAAAAAUUUAAAUGAAUAUCCACCAGUGAACACUGUUUUUCAUUUCACUAUACAUGGCUCCUUCAACAUAGCAAUGAAACAUUUAUCCCUUUAGAUUUUCAUGCUGAACUUAUAAAUGGGAAAGGAGAUGGCCUUGAAUUUUUGCUUCUUCAGCAUCAUUCAAUUUAAUGAAUAUGCUGCAUCAUGUGGAAUUACUGAAACAUAGAAGAUUUUUGUAAGUGGAUUUUGCAUCAGAAUACUUCUGGCUAAACUGUACGUACACUAUUUUUAGCAUAUUUCAAACUUCUGUGAAGGCAGAACUUCAAAAUUUUGGGUUCAAAACCUACAUGGACUCCAAAAGUAGGAAGAAUUAAAGGAUCAAAUGGAAAGUAAUCUGCAUGUGUCUUCAGAGGUUAACUUUCUAGUUUACAUUAUUGAACAGUGGAUGGUAAGUAAGGAGCAGCAGCACAAUGGGAGAGAAAUCUGCUCUGAGAGGCAGUGGUCCCCUGCCAGCCUGUACAAGGAAGACCACAGGGGCUGAAGGCAUUUGAGACAUCUGUAUUAGUGGAUAAGCUGGUCAGUGCACUUGUGUAUGCAAGGGUAUGAGUUCAAAGCCAUUAUCUCUAUAUAUAGGUACAUGUUUUAUUCUUAAAAUUGCCUGUAAGACCUUAAUUUUUUUCUCCUUUUGUGGAUAUAUAAUAUGGGAAUCAAUCUCUAAUGUUACAGAUUUUUACUGCUUUGUAACUGCUGCAUUAUUUUAGGUAGUGCUUUACAAUCACGUAGAGUUAUAAAUUCCUUAGUGUGUUUUCCAUGACAGCUGGCUUUUCUCUCCUGCACCAGUGUAGGGAGUUACUACUUAAUAGGCUGAAUGUCUGAAAUUACAUUGUCGGGGGGAGGGGGAAACUUCAAAAAAACUCAAAAACAAGGAAGGAGAAAGUGAUGAAUGGCAGCAUAGAGGCAGAAGAUUUUUAAGUUGUCUUUCACCAAAGAAAACUUAUUUCACCUACUAAAAAUACCAUGUAUAUCAUAAAACCAGUCCACAGACAUUGAGUGGAAAGAGGUGUGUGUUUUGCAUGUACAGGAUGCUACACAUUGGGCAUAAUAAUAGAAAGUGGUAGUGCAAAAGAUGGCAAUCUGUAGGACUGGGAAAAUGUAUUAUAUUUAAUAUUUAGGGAAACCUCAGGUUUUAGCUAUGCAAGUUUUGUAGUUAAUUGCAUCAGCCCCGGAUUGCUCCUAAGGAAGGCUGUAUUGCACGUGUUUAUGCAAUUAAGCUUCACUCUUUACUGCUUUAUCCUCUGCAUUGCAUCUGAGUAAAUUUUGUUGUUUUAAACUGUUUGAUGUAUGCAGGCCUAAAGGGAGGGGGGGACAUGUAUUUUAGAAAAGCAGAAAUUGAGAUGCUGUAUUUGUUUACUGUCUCUAAGAAUCUAGGAAAAAAUCUAUAUAUUCUAGUGUUAUUUGAAACUACAUAUGCACCAUAGUCAGUGAAGGUCAAAUAUAUAGCUUUAAUAAGCCUAUUCUCUAAGUUGACUUCUUAACUUUGUAUAAUUAAUAGUCUGUAGUCAUUUUAAUGAACUCCAUACUCUAAUAAAGUAUAUAAGC